AUGCCUCCUGGUGCACCUACUCCUCCAAUGCCUCCUAGCGUGCCUGGUGGUCCUCCUCCACCUCCUGGUGGAAGAGGUAUGCCUGCCCCACCUGGCGGGAGAGGUGUAGUAGGACAUGGACUUGCCCGUUCCUUGGGCCCAAACUCAGCUGCCACAGCAAGAAAGUCAACUCUAAAACCACUGCAUUGGGUCAAAGUAACAAGAGCAAUGCAAGGGAGUUUGUGGGCAGAAAUACAAAAGCAAGCAGAUACUAAUAGCCAUUCAGAAUUUGAUGUGAAAGAACUAGAGUCUCUUUUUGCUGUUGCUCCAAAGACAAAAGGUGGCUCCAAAUCAGAUGGAGCUGGGAAAUCUCUCGGAUCAAAACCUGAUAAAGUUCAUUUGAUUGAUAUAAGACGAGCCAAUAAUACAGAGAUCAUGUUAACUAAAAUCAAAAUGCCACUCCCUGAUAUGAUGAGUGCGGCUCUAGCUUUGGACGAUUCUGUUCUAGACGCUGAUCAAUUGGAAAAUCUCAUAAAAUUUUGCCCAACAAAAGAGGAGAUGGAACUUCUAAAGAACUACAGUGGAGACAAGGAAACUCUUGGAAAGUGUGAGCAGGAAAGUGGAAUUUCACAUGGGUUGAAUCUAAGUUUAGGAUAUUUGCUUUCAAGAUUCAAUUUCAAUCACAGGGAUGUCAGAAAAAAUUUGCUGGCUGUGUCAUCCGCUUGUGAGGAGCUCAGAGGCUCUGAGAAGUUAAAGGUGAUCAUGGAGAAAAUUCUGUUCCUUGGAAAUAAAUUAAAUCAAGGCACACCAAGAGGCCAGGCUCUUGGUUUUCGCUUGGACAGCCUUUUAAAACUUACAGACACCCGUGCAAAUAACAGUAGAAUGACCCUAAUGCACUUUCUUUGUAAGGGCCUUGCGGACAAAUCACCACAUUUGCUGGAUUUUCAUGAGGAUUUUGUCAACCUGGAAGCUGCUUCAAAGUUGCAACUGAAAGCAUUGGCUGAGGAGCAGCAGGCAGUUGUAAAAGGGCUGCAGAAAGUUGAACAAGAACUUGCUGCUUCAGAAAGUGAUGGUCCUGUUUCUGAGGUUUUCCGCAAGACUUUGAAGGAGUUCAUUGAUGCUUCUGGAGCUGAUGUAAGGUCCUUGUCAGCACUAUAUGCUGAAGUAGGUAAAAGUGCAGAUGCACUGGCAUAUUAUUUUGGAGAGGAUCCUGCAAAAUGUCCUUUUGAACAAGUCACCUCCACUCUUCUGAACUUUGUGGGGUUAUUUCGGAAAGCACACGAGGAGAACAUCAAGCAGAUUGAGACUGAAAAGAAGAAAGCACAGAAGGAGGCCGAGAAGGAGGCAAACCAGGACCGGACUCCUGUAAAAUCUAAAGAUGGACUAGUAGAUAGAUCACCAAGGUCACCCUUCAGAUAACAUCGCUGCCAAAUUUUAUCCAGUCGUUAGUUUCUUCUCGAGAAAUGCCACCUCCAUUGGGCAUUCAGACCAUCAAGGCUGAAGAAAAUGCAUGGCUCCAUGUGCUUCAGAGACAAGGUACUGAAUCCAUCCAUGCUUUCUAGCUUGUGGCACUGUACAAAGCUAACUCAGCAACUAUUUAGGUCCGUUUGUACAUAUUUCACUAGACAUUCCUUAAUUUCUUCUAUUGUGUAUACUAGAAGAAGAAUAGGUCAGUAGUUGUAAACUAGGAAAAAGGAAAGAAUGUAAUACAUGAUCAUGAUCAGUAGGUCAGAAGCUUUUAGGCCAAUAGUAAUGAUUCCACAGGCAGUUACAGCAACUUAAUGAUGAAGGUAUAGCAAUGUUCCUGACUAGUGUUACCAAG